AUGGAAGUAGGUGCAAAUUGGUAUGAAGGUAAAUAUGGGUACAAAUCUGGAUGGAGCGUUCCUCUCGUACAAUCGCUAGGAGUAGAAGGAGACACGCAUGCAGUGGUAUCGGUGCCAGUCAAGCAAGGUGAGCUUGGCAAACCAAUAGGUGUAGAUGUUGGCGGAGGUGUUGGUCCUUAUUAUCAGCAAAAUCAGCAUGUAGGCGUCGAUUAUAUGAACGGACAGGUUGGCACAAACUUUGGUGUAGGCGUACCGUUUACUGGAGUAGGAGUAAACACUGGACUUGGGAUUUCCUUCCCAUCCAUAAACGAUAUUAGGGGAUGA